UGUUAUCCUGUAUGUAACAGCAGAUUUUCUUUGACCAUCGGUGUCUCUAUUUUUUGUCUGUGGUAUAGUUGUGAGUGGCGUUUAUAAUGUGAAAAUGACUGUACAUCUUAAUAUACAAGCUCUAGUACUUUGUUUUUCAAUUACCUUUGUUGUCAAGUUUAAAUACUGUCAUACAGUAUUAGCAGCUACUAUACUCCUUGUAUUGGGCUAUAGGGCAAGUGUGAAAUAAGUGUGUAUUUAUUUGUCAGGCUUUUUCCGGACUGCUGACACAUUCCAAUUAAAACUAAUACCCGUAUACGCUGUAUUUUCUACAUGUAAAGAUUAAUGUGUAUAAGAAAUAUUCACUAAAUGUUAAAAGACUAAAAUGUAAAGUAAACAAAUUCCCUGGGCUAUGGACAUUUUGUUUCCUCCUUGAGGAAGGAAUGUUAUCAGGGUAUACAGCACACCCUCUUUUAAUGGGCUACUGCCUGUGUUGAGCUGUCACCACUCAACCCUGCAAUUGUUUGACAAUGGUGGUGGCUAAAUAUCCACUCUCUUCUGUCAUGGUAACCACAAUUUUGUAAGCAGAGGAAUGCUUAGUGCGAAAGAAAGCAUGGGUGUGGGGUAUAACUUUAGUUCAAAACUUUACUUUAAAAACAAACAUUAAACCUAUGAUCUCCAAACAAUAUGGUGCAGCCUGAAAAUAACCAGUGCUGUAUCUUACCAGAAGAGGCAGCCGUGGAGCAUAAUUUCUGUGUUAAAGAAUGGUUUGCUGUCAACCAAAGAGAAGGUUAAAGGACUCAUCUCUAUGGAGGGCAUGGAUAUGGACCUUAAAGGAAUUUGCCAUUUUAGUGUAAUCAGGUGGGUGAAUCUAGCAAACUUAAUUCUUCCUGAUGACUCAGUUUGACAUUACUCCAGUCGGACAAUCAGGAAGAAAAAGGUUGGAAAUCCCACCCACUUGACUGCAUUAAAAUGUAAAAUACCUUCAAAGGCAAUAUUCAGGCUAAAACUGCAUUUUAGCCACCAGACGCCUCUUAUCUUCCCAAUGGAGUCAGCAGACAGUAACAACCUGAGAUAAUUCAUAAUAAUAAUUACCCCAAUUGCAUUUUCUCAUUAAAUGUGUUUGCUGUCUGCUCUUAAUUUUAGGUAUUGGCUAUUUACCCCAUACGUACACCAUGCAUACUAAAACCCCAUUAUCUAAAGGCAGCGUAACCCAUAGCACUUCUAAGGGCAAAGCUACUACCAGACCCGCUAAUGCUGCCAUUGGGUUUAUAGACCAGCUGCUGAACAAGAUUCCCUUGCCAAGAUGGGCUAUUUACACCAUCUUUGCCGCCAUCAUCUUGAUUUUUUUGAUAUGUAUUAUUUGCAUCUGUGCGAAAUGCUGCUGCAAGAGCAAGAAAAAGAAAAAGAAGAAAUCGGACGACCAGAUCAAUCUACAAGGGGUGAAUGGCUCCACAACUACAGCCCUAGUCCAACCUGGCUCGCGAGAUGGAGACUACGGUUCAGCUAAGAACCGGGGAAGACUACUCUACUCUCUGGAAUACAAGGCACCAGAGCUGACAGUGGGAAUUAAACAGGCUGCAGCGCUCACAGCAAUGGACCUGGGAGGCACCUCUGACCCCUAUGUUAAAGUUUACCUCACCCCCAACAAGUCAAAAACAUUUGAGACACAGGUCUACAGGAAAACCCUCAACCCGAUUUUUAAUGAACAAUUCAAAUUUGAGAUUGAGAAAGCUGACCUCAGUGAGUCCACCAUAGUCAUGAAGGUGUUCGACUUCAAUAGAUUUUCCAAACACGAUGUCAUCGGAGAACUGAGGCUGCAGCUUGAUUCCAUCGACUGGAAUCAUGUGAUCGAGGAAUGGAAAGACCUGAGUGAACCCUCUAAGUUUGAGGAUGAAAUUCUGGGGGAGAUCUGCUUAUCUUUGCGCUACGUCCCCACCAGCAGCAAACUGACUGUUGUCAUCCUGGAAGCCAAGAACCUAAAGAGUAUGGAUCCAGGAGGCUCAUCAGAUCCCUAUGCCAAACUGCAGCUGGUAUUGGACAGGAAGAAAUGGAAGAGGAAGAAGACGUCUGUUAAAAAGUGCACACUGAAUCCUUACUUCAACGAGUCAUUUACGUUUGAUGUAUCAUUUGAUCAAAUCCAAAGAGUUCAGCUGGUGAUUUCUGUGUGGGACCAUGACAAGUUGACCAGGAACGACGCCAUUGGGAAGAUCUUCCUGGGUUGUGAUGCAACAGGGAACCAGCUGAGGCACUGGGCAGACAUGCUGUCCAAUCCCCGUAGGCCUGUGGCUCAGUGGCACCACCUGCUCUCCAGUGAACAGGUGGACUCCACCCUUCAACUGAAACACACAGUCAGGAUCCCCAUCAUAAAUAAGAACUUUUGAGAAUGCUCGCUUGUUGUAGCCAUAUCCAGUGUGGGAAAUGUCCACCUGAAAUAUUCCAUGUUGGCUUGACGUAACCAAGCUUCCUCCACCUACUUCACAAAGCAAACUGUACUUUAAAUCACAAAAAUAUACCAAUACGAAUGCUAGACAAGAAUGCUGCCAAUUUAAUUUACAAUUCCUGAGAUGAAUCCUGUAUAAGAGUGUUUCAAUUAGAAACAGAAAAUGCGUAACUAUUUUCUUUGUUAUUGUUUAAUCAUGUUGAUUUAAGAUGGUGUAAAUUUCAAUGUCAAUAACAUUUCUUGAUUAUAGAACAAAAUGUCAUAGUAUCUGCUUUCAGGGGUGUCCUGGGGCUUGGCCCCCUGGGGAUUAUUUGUUUUGUAAAAGCAGUUGCUGAUGGCUAGGAUUACAUUUAAAUACAUUUGAAUUACAUGACAGGUGUAUUGAUGAUGUAUUAAGGUUGAAAAGUAUACAAUUAGGCUUGAAUUACUACAACUACAAAGCAAGACACAUGGGGCAAAAGGCAUUUGAAAUGAAAUACAAAACUUUUCAGGGCAUAGCUUGUAAGGGUUUUUUUGAGAACACAGUAUUGUUCUUCCUGACACAAGCAGUGUUAUUAAUGUUCCACAUGUUCGUUUUUGUAAAAUAGCUAACCAUUUUAACAGAUAUAUGAGAAAUGUAUGCACUUCAUAGCAGCCGUCCCAAGUCUAAAAUUAGCCUUUUUUAAUACAUGUAGAUAACUGAAAUAUACCAUUGAAAUAAUGAUUUUGUGGCCAUAUAAAGAUUUUGUAAUUUAAAAGACAUGUCCUGCAAACCUACAUAGUGUAAUGUUUUAUUUCAGUAUAUAUUUUAAGUUUGCAAUAAACCUAGUAUAUACA